AUGACCCCACCAAAGAAGAUGAGUUUGCAGGAUUUCCUUCAGGAUGAAACAUUUGGCGGAUCCUGGGCAGAUAUUGAUGUGGAUAUGGCAUCGAUCUCCGUUCCAAUUGAGAAACCAUAUGGGUACGAUGAUGGGUAUUCCAGAGGUGGUGGUGGUGGAUAUCACGAACCUAGUUCAUCGGGGCCACCAUAUAUUGUCAAAUUAGUCAAUUUGCCCGUAACAGCAAAUGACGCAUUCAUCCAAGAUUUAUUUCAAAGUAGAUUCACGCCCUUCGUCAAAUUCAAGAUCCUUACAGAUCCAGCUUCAAACAUCUUGGAAACACAUAUAAUCAAACAGGUUGCAUUUGUCGAAUUAGAGUCGGUUCAAGAUGCGGCAAAAGUACUCAAAUGGCAUGAUUUAUAUUACAAGGGAAACAGACGAGUCAUUGUUGAAGUUGCCGAUUUUAAUGAUUUCCAUCAUUGUAUUCAAUUCAACCAAGAACAUCAUCAGGAAAUUCAACAAAUUCAACAUGAAUUUAUUGCUCAAAAACAACAACAAAAACAACCCAGGCACAUGGCUCUACUUGACGAAUUAGAUCUGGACAGGGGAUCAGGUCCUGGAUUCAACCAAGGACGCGGUUUCCGUCAACACCAGCCACCAACACACUCACGUCCAUUUCAUGGUGGUGGUAUGCCUUUAUCACCUGAAAAACAUCAUGCACCUCUACACAACCGCAGACCAUCAUUUGAUACACAAUUCCCUGCCCACAAACCUUUUCACGGACUUGCAAGUGGUACUGCACCAUUACUUCACCAACAAGAACCAAUACAACAAACACUUCGUCAGCCACAUAAACCUAAAGCUAACCCAUUUGGAGGUGCAAAACCAGUAGAUACUGUUUCGCGUCAACAAGAAAUUGAAAAGAAGUUGAUAAAUUUGAAUCAAACUACAGUGCAAACACUUGGCGAUGACCCAAGUGUUGAUGUUGAUGCUGUUAUUAAAAAGUUUCACGAAACAGCAUCACCCAAACAGAAAAGAAGCGAGCUUUCGUAUGGACGAAGAGCGUCAAACACGGAGAGAAGAUCGCUGGUUGCUAUUUUAAGAAGAGGCUCCCAUGAUCAUCAACAACAACAGCAACAACAGCAACAACAGCAACAGAGCAUUGCAGCCCACCCCCAGCCUCAACAAGCUAUCACAAGUUUGGCAGCUGCUCCAGAACCUUCUGAGAGUCCUGGAUGGGCAAACAGCACGGGUAAGUCAUUAGCGCAAUUGUUGAGUGAACGCUCAGACUUUGUGGCAAGCUCCCCAAGUGCUGGUAAAAAUACCCCACCAACCCCCACAGCCAAACCACCAGUAAUACUAAAGAAGAAAACAUUAUCGUCUCCUCCUUCUGUAAAGCUUGAUCUUAUGGUUAAUCCUGCCACCCAGGAACCAUCAGCAAACCUGCUAAGCGAUGAAACAUCAAAUUUACCAGCCGAUGCACCUUCCUUUGAGCCACAACAACAACAGGGGAAACCAGUUGUGGAAACCAACAAAAUUGAACAAGGAAACAGCUUUACUGAAGGAAGUACUAAGAGUUUGAAUUCACAAAGACCAGUACGACAAAAACGCCAAUCAUCGGAUCAAGAUAGACCCAACUUCAAGAAGCUUUUUGAAAAUUUAUCAUUAGAGGAGCCAGACUCAACAUAUCUGAGUUCAUACGGAAGGCAAUCGAAAUUGCAAGGCGCUCCAAGAGGUAGAAGUAGAGGCAGAGGUGGAUAUUUUGGUGAACGUAGGGGAAGUCGAAAUGACAAAUUCUCCAAUGGUAAUGACCGCAAAGAGACGGAAUCCAAAAAUACAUGGGUGCACUCGCUCGAAGAUGAAAUUAGUUUUAACACUGCAAUUGACAAUGUUACCGAAUCAAAUCAGACUGCUGAGAGUGAUAUCCCUAGAAAAUUCAGAAAACAUCCUCUGUCGCAACAACAAUCACAAGGAGAAGAUUUUUCACAGAUACAACAUAGAAAAACUCAUCUGGCUUCAACUCCAUCAGUCUUAACCGGACUUUCUAAUGAUGCCGCAAUCGAAGGGAAAUUCAGAGCUGUAUCUGCUGAUGCAACCACUAAAUCAACAAUUUUAGACACCAGUGAAGUGGAUGCUUCCACCACACCAUCGAAGCCUAUAAAUGAAGUGGCAACAUCGAAGUUAAAUCUGUCAGAAGACCACAUGGCAACAAGCACACAAGCAAAUCAUGUUUCAUCAGCCGAUAAUGCGUCUCAUGGGGAGGAUGCCCCACCAUCGUCUUCAUUUAGAGGCAGAGGUGGACGUGGUAGAGGAAGAGGUAGAGGUCGUGGAAGAGGUAGGGGUGGCGCAUCUGGUGGUGGUUUUAACCCUCGUCAUAAUCAAUAUAUUCGCCCCAAACCAUCAACUACUGGUUCUACAUCUGAAGCAUAA